AUGGGUGGUGUCACCGUUCGCGAUGUCGACGCGCAGAAGUUCAUCGCUGCUUACUCUGCUUUCCUGAAGCGUCAGGGAAAGCUCCCCAUUCCUGGAUGGGUUGACACUGUCAAGACCUCCUGCUCUAACGAGCUCCCUCCCCAGGACGCCGACUGGUACUACGUCCGCGCCGCUGCCGUCGCUCGCCACAUCUACAUGCGCAAGACCGUCGGUGUUGGCCGUCUCCGCAAGGUCCACGGUUCCACCAAGAACCGCGGCUCCCGCCCCGCCCACCACGUCGAUGCCUCCGGCUCCGUCGACCGUAAGGUCAUCCAGUCCCUCGAGAAGAUCGGUGUCCUCGAGCACGAUGAGGAGAAGGGUGGCCGCCGCAUCACCCAGAGCGGCCAGCGUGAUCUUGACCGUAUCGCCAAGACCACCGUUGACGAGGAGGAGGACGAGGAGUAA